UUAAUUAAUUAAUUAAUUAAUUAGUAAGUAAGUAACUGAGUAGUGAGAUAGUAAAUAAGUAAAGAUAUAUUAAUAAAUGGAUUAAGAAUAGUAGUUAUAGAAUGAUGUAAAUGAAAAUAGCAUAGAAUUAUAGUACUAAGAAUAGAAGGCGCAGAAAUUUGAAGAUAAAAGUCUGAAUGAAGUGAAAAAUGAAGCACAACAUAAAAAGAAAAAAGUUUAAUUUAGAUACAAAGAAGUGCAAUAGGAGAAUUUGAAAGAUUUAAAAGAUCAUUUUAGCAAGUUUUUUUAAAUGUCUGUGGAAGAAAUAAAGAGUUCAUUUGAGGAGAUGAGUCUUCUAUUAUUUAAUAUUAAGAGAAUAGUUUAGUUAUUUUAAUGGAAUUAGCAAAUUAGGCACAAAUGGGGUAGAAAUAACCCUUCUUUUCUCUUUCUUUUGGUCAUCUUGCAAAUUAAUAUAGCUGUUUGCUACAGUCUUUUUAUUAAGUAGAGUCUUUCAGAGUAUUUAACAUGCAUAUAUAAACUUCUUGCUUAGUUUCUUAUUUAUGGGCUUAUCUUCACUAUAUUACCAAGGUUGAUUGUAACUAGGUUUUUGAUGAAAAGUGAAGUAGAAAAUCAUAUAUCAUACAUAUACUCCUUAGAUGUCUUUUUAAACGCAUAUUUUGUCUUCCUAGUUUUUAACUACAUAUGUUUACUUAUCUUGACUCCUUUCUGGAAAAAUAGUAAUUCUUUCUUGAUUGUCAUAAUUAGUUCUACUCUUAACUUAUUCGCAAAUUACAGAUUUUACUACAUUUUCUUUAAAUUUUAUUCAAUUUUACCCGAUGUUAAAAAAAUAGAGUCUUUUUUAAUUCCUAUUGGAUUGCAAGUUGCUAUAAACAUAAUUAUGGUUAUAUCUAACCACAACUAUUAUUUAUUUAUGAUUAAUUAUUUUUUAUGAAGCUAACUUUAAAUUUAAACAUUUAUUUAAAAGUUUUAAAUAAUAUAUAAAUAAAUAUUUCAAUCAAAUUCUUUAAUUUUCAUCAAUAAAUAAAUAGAUUUAUUUAAAGUAAAAAUUAAAAUUUAAUAAACUUUUAAUAAAAUUCAUUAAAAAAUCAAUCAGCAUUUCAUUUUCUAUUUAAAGUAUUUAAACUUAAUUUUAUCAAUUAAAAGAGAAAAUAAUAUUUUAUAAAAUUUGUUUAAUUUAUUUUCUAUUUUUU